UCCAAUCAAGUGUAGUGAUUUAAAAAAAAAAUAAAGACAUGCUUCUUCUAGCGUUUAGAAGUUUCUUCUUCAUAGCCGUGAUUCUGGGCUACAGUACCGGAAUAUGGCGGCUCAUUAACGAUUACUUCCGGCGGGAAUUUAAGACCUUCCUGGAUGUGGAGGUGAAGAAGAACAAGUAUCUGGUGCAGGAUCCACCGACGACGAAGGAGCAGCUGUUCGGUGGCGUUAAGGGAGCUGCUCAUGGGGAACCGAUUUCGGAACAGAAGCCAGGAACCGGAUCCGUAUCGAAUAGUCGGCUGGUCGAUGAGCUGAUUGUGAGCUUUGGGAGAUUUUUCACCAGUCGAAACGAGGAUGAGACGAGUGGUCGUAAAUCUCCAACCAGCAGUCAUCAUCCACCGAAACUGGCCCCAAAACCUUCCCCAGAUUACCGAAAUCCGUCGCAAGUUGACCCCCAGCAUCGGAGCAACUAUAAUAACGAGAUUCUUGGCCCCCGUUCACGAAAAAAGACUGAAGCUGAUGACCGGACUUCUCGGAAACUGUCCUCCUGUUGCUCCUCGUCGUCUUCUUCUUCCGAAUCGGAGGAAGGGGAAGACCCUGGCGAAGAUUCCGAUGGGCAAGGGUCAAAAAUCGAUACCCGGCAGCAGUCGAGUGAUGCUUGUGGUGGAAAUUCGCCAACGAUGGUGGAAAACUUGAACCGAAACUUCAACCCUGAAUCGGAAGAGGAAAAGUGGAUCAACUAUUGGAGGAAUCGGGGCGACGACGGCGGUGAUAAAAGGCUAAAAUUGGAUCCAAUCGUUGAAGGAUUCUGCGAAGGUACUUCUUCAACUGCUACUAGCAUUAAUGAUGAGGAAAAGGUUGGUGGAAACUGCUAGUCUCGUCGUUGAGUGUUCUCGGGUUUCACUUAUUCAGUUCCGGAUUCCGAGAAGUGAAUCGAGAUCCCAGGGAAGGGGAACUUGAUCCAGAAAAAAAAACUUCUGGCACCAACCGCAAGUAUUGAACUAUAAUUGACUGUGACGCGGGUUCGGUGUUAAUUAAGUGCUAAAAGUUCAAGUGAUUCCUGUUCAGUAACUUCGAUUAGUUUUCGUACAGUUUGGUGAUGGAAGAUUGAAGUGUGUUUUUGACUUGAGGGAAAUAAAAUCGAUUUUAAGAUUUCGUAAAAAA